CGCUACUUUACCCCGCGAAACUGUCUACAAGUAAACAGAGACAAGAAACAUGCCCAAAAGAAGAAACCCGUUUGGUGAAGGAUCACCCCUUCAGCUAAAAUCUCACAUUGGUAAUAAGGAAUUAAACGCUGGAGUUAGCGGAGAGCAGAAUCUUAAAGCUGUGUAUGAGAGGACAAAAAAUAUGCUCUUCAAUGGCGUUCAGACAUUGUACCAUUCUGACACAGUGACUGCUGAUGCCAAUUGUAAUCUGCCAUUUAUCGCCAACUACAAUACAAUGGAUGCCACAUCCCAGGUCCCUGGUCAGCUGGUUAUUGACCAUGAGGGUCAGCUGACUGUUCCAUCAGCAUUGAACAGGGCUCCAAAUGAAGACAUGGAAACUAGUCAGCCAACUGCAUUUGGACUAAACAACAGUUCUAGUACAUUUGAUUUUUCAAAGGGUAAAAAGCCAGUAGAAAGGAGGCGACUGCCGUCUGAUGAACGAUGUAACUUCUGUGAGAAAGCUUUGAGUAAUGAGCAAUCCUUACAGUGCUACAACUGUCAGAGAAACUUCUGUCAGCUUUGUUCAGUCCUCAAUUAUGAUGAAAGUUUUGAGAGAGUUUUCUGCUUGGGAUGUUCAGCUUAGAGCUUUCUUUCCAUGGAUGGCUUCACAUGAAUUCCAUAAGACCUCAGUACUCAAUAGAUCUUCCAAAUUUUACAAUAUGCAGAAUUUAUACCAAUGCAACAAUGCUACAAUUGUCUACCUAAUAAUUUGACAAUUUAGAAAGAUGCCACAUUCAUCACUUUGAAUUGUGUAUUAAGAGAUACAUCAGUGGAGAAGCAAACAUUGUUGAAAUUACUUUUGUGUUCAGAAGGAUUGUGUUAUGAAAUUAAGAAGUACAUGUAUGUGUGCAGGUAUACAUACUGUGUGUUUUCUUGAUGAAAAUGCAAUUCAAGUACCAGUACAUUUCCUGAAAAACAGAAGUGCUUCGUGCCAUGCAACAAUAGUUCUCUUGUCCCUUAUCUGUUCUUUGCUCAUUCCAAGAGAGGAAAAACACUGUGAAGAUUCUACCACUGAACUUGCAGAUAGUCAGAUGUGUGUAAAUUCAAGAUGCUGAUCUUCAGUUGGACCUUAUCCUUACAAAAUUAAGAUUUUGCUUUCAUUCUUUGAAUAAUUUUGCCAUUAAAUUCUGCAAAACAGGGAUAUUUUUAUGGGGUAAUUUUGCAAAUCCGUGGAACAAAAUGUUUUGAUGGGGGUUAUUUUUGCAGAAGUUGAAGAAUUUGCAUCAUGUUUGUUGGUAUUUUUGUUUAGUAUGUUACUUGCAGGAAAUUGUUCAUAUGGUGAUAAAUUUUGUGACCUUAGUUUAAUUGCAGAAUUUGCAAAUUAAAUAAUUUCCCAAGGAAAAGCUUUCGUGUGUACAGUAAAUGCAAACAAAUUAAAGCAAGAUCACUUUGCUUUACGUGGGAUUUCCCUUUGAGUUUCACAUUGAAUUUCUUCAUUUUGAUUGUAUCUACUGAUAAUUUGUAAGCUGAAGAAUUCUUUCAUGUACUUUUAUAAUGUGAAAAACAUUUUGUUUCCUGUUGCAAGCCAACAUUAACUCAUGAUGGGCCAGCUUUGAGGUUCUGUGGACUUGUACUCCACAACCACACACACUGGACUGGAUAACCGAAUUAUUAAAUGACAUAGUUGGACAGUAAAUCACCACAGUCAUAUGGGCUUAAUAAAUAUGGUUGCUGAUAUAAUUAUUUUUUAUUUAAUUGUUUUCUAGAUAACAAAGUGUGACAUCCACGGCUUAAAUUUUAACGAGUAUUCUAAUACCCAAUGUGUUAGCUAAUGAGUAUUCUAAUACCCAAUGUGUUAGCUACAUGUAGUGAUGUGUAUGUUUAAAACAAUCCAUAUUUAUCAAUUAUUUUUUUUAUUCUAUAUAUUGUUUUCAUCAAAUAGUGCAUGUAUUUUGUAUAGAAUUUAAUAUGCAGAUUGUAAUUUAACAGAAUUUUUUUGCAAAAAGUGCAGCUUUUUUUUUUCUUAAAUGUUUUUGAUAGUAGUUAAGAAAUGCCAAAAAAUAUGUUAAAUA